UCUUCUUCUGAGCUCAGUUCCAUUUUUAUUUUUCAGAGCUCUCAACCAUGCCGCCAUUACCGUAUCUGCAACUUCGAACCUUAGUUCUUCGAUCUCUAUCAUCGUCUUCUACUAAUUCCUUGAAAGAUUCUGCUAGGACGGUUCUUUUACAUCGAAAUUUGACGUCUCUCUUCCACCAUUUCCGACAUCAUGGGGCGGCGUUAAGGUUUUCUUCUCCCUUGUAUCUCUCACUUUCUCAUUCGUUCUCUUCCGAGUCCGUCAACAAUCACGUGGAUCAAACAUCCCAAUCACUUGCAUCUGAGCUUCUCAAAGACCCUGAUUCGGAUCCUCUUCCCAUUACACAGCGUCUUCAACUUAGCUUUUCGCAUGUUAAACCGAAUCCGGAGUUGGUUCGUAACACACUCAAUCUCUCAUCGGAAGCUGGCCGUACAGUGUUAGGGUUUAAUGAAUGGUUAGUAUCGAAUCCUGAUUUUCAUCACACUGAUGAAACUAUAUCGUAUUUUGUUGAUUUCUUUGGUCGUAGAAAAGAUUUCAAUGCGGUUCAGGAAGUCCUUGCGAAAGGUUUAGGGAUCAAUGGGCCUAAAACCCUGAAGUCGUCUAUUCAUCGGUUCGCUCGUGCUGGGCGACCCACUAAGUUGAUCUCAUUUUUUGAGACGAUGGAGACGAAUUACGGGCUUAAGAGGGAUAAAGAGUCGCUUAGGAUGGUAGUGGAGAAGCUUUGUGAAAAUGGGUUCGGGAGCCAUGCUGAAAAGAUGGUCAAAGACUUGGCUAAUGAAUUUUUCCCUGAUGAAGCAAUAUGCGAUACUCUGAUCAAAGGAUGGUGUGUGAAUGAGAAACUUGAUGAAGCUAAAAGGCUAGCGGGUGAGAUGUACAGGGGCGGGUUCGAGUUAGGGACAACCGCAUAUAAUGCUUUGCUUGAUUGUGUUUGCAAACUUUGUAGGAAAAAGGAUCCGUUUAGACUUGAUUCUGAAGCUGAGGAAAUUCUGGUGGAAAUGGAUUGUCGUGGGGUUCCACGAAAUGUCGAAACUUUCAAUGUGCUGAUCAAUAAUUUGUGCAAGAUUAGGAGAACUACUGAUGCAGUUAAUUUGUUUCAUCGAAUGGGGGAAUGGGGAUGUCAUCCCAAUGCUGAAACGUUCCUCAUAUUGAUUAGAAGUUUGUAUCAAGCGGCACGAACGGGGGAGGGGGAUGAAAUGAUUGACAGGAUGAAGUCUGUCGGAUAUGGAGAUGCACUUGAUAAGAAGGCUUAUUAUGAGUUUAUGAAUAUUUUGUGUGGGAUUGAGAGAAUUGAUCAUGCACUGGUUGUAUUUGCAAAGAUGAAGAAGGAUGGGUGUGAACCUGGGAUUAAAACAUAUGAUCUAUUGAUGGGAAAACUUUGUGCCCACAAUCGUUUGGACAAAGCGAAUUCACUCUUUAACGAAGCUCAAAAACGGGGUGUACCAGUUACUCCAAAAGCAUAUCAGGUGGAUCCGAAAUAUGUAAAGAAGCCAAAGGAUAAGAAGGUUGCAAAGAAGAGGGAGACAUUGCCAGAGAAAAUGGCGAGAAAGAGGCGACGACUGAAGCAAAUUCGAUUGAGUUUUGUCAAGAAACCGAGAAGAGGAAUGCGUAGAGCAUUUUGAUGAUGUAGCACUAGAAUUUAAUGCAUAUGAAUUGACGUUUGUUUAUCCAUUCUUUUGCAUCUGCCCCUCCUUCCCUUUACAAUAUUAGCAGCAGAGAAAUAAGAGGUUUUUUAUUUUACCCUGUUGUGUUUAGCUGAAACUGAUACAGGAAAAUGGCAACUCUGACAUGUCAUUCCAUUAUAUUGGACAAAAGGAACAAGGUCAAACUUUUGGUGGAUCAAAAUUCCAGGUUGGUUUAGGAAAAUGUACCUUGAAAAAGUGUUGCAUUGUUGUUAAUGCCAUAAUAUCAAUCCACAUAGAGUAAAAUGAAGGUACUUCUUGUUCAUAUUUGGUUUAACUGACGCCGAGAAGUUAGAACAUGGAAGUUACUAGUACUUCUACAAAUAUAGCUGGUUUUGCUUUAAUCAGUUAUCGCUUGGUGAUGAUGACUCACAGUGUUCUUGUCGACCAUCCUGCCGAUUAUGGUUGUUUUACUACAGGCUUAUCCAUGGAAAAACUGACCAAUUGUGGAAUGAUAUCUUCAGACAGCCAUCAGGUCAGGCGAGUUUGAUCAAGUUCUUACAUCUCAUGUUGUGUCUGAAUCUGUUGAUAUCUUAUUGAGAACUGCUGAGAAUAUCAGUUCAUUUUACUAAGAAUGCAUUUCCUUUGCCA